AUGCGGGCGUGGGCCACCGCCUCCGACUGCCCUCCAUGCAGCAUCUCGCCAAAUUCUCUCCUCUCAGCCCUGGCCUCCUCCUCCUCUUCCUCCUCCCAACAUGCUGCUGGCACUGCC